AUGCACCAUGACCAAGCAUUCAGGAAAGUGAGACUUAAAUCCAAAGAUAACUCUUAUGGUUUUUAUACACAUGGUGAGCUAGCCUAUAUUUUGGGAAUGCUACCUGGAGUCUCUGCUAAAAAAACACCCUUCCUUGCUGAUGUUACUGGUGGGUUCAAUUUGCUGUAUGUCUACACGGACAUUGUGGAACAUCAGCUUGUCGGGGAGUUUUCGGUACCUUUGCUACGCUGCGUCCCUAUCCGUGGGGCCAACAACGAGUUUGUCACCAUCACAUAUGACAACCCACAUUAUGUCCCCAUCAGCCAGCACUACAUCGACAAAAUCAGCAUUGAAAUAAAGACGGAUCAGAACAAACACGUCUCAUUUCACUUUGCCCCUACCCAGACCUGCAUUGAGAAAAGCCUGUAUGUUGAGAUCCCCCGGCUCUCAGCUAUUACCAAAUCCAGCCCCCUUGAUGUUUUCAUACCUGGGAAUGGCAAAGAUUACAUGGAUUUGAACAAUACGCUGCUGUACCUUUGCUGCAAGAUUGUAAAAGGCAAUGGAACUGAUCUUGAUGCGGGGGCAGCGGUGGGUUUGGUGAAUUUCCCACUAGCCUCUGUCUUCAGUCAGCUGGAUGUCAUUCUGGGAGAUGGUCUGAUAAGUCAGAACAACAACUGUUACCCCUACCGAGCUUUCAUUGAAUCGGUUCUCAACUACAGCAAUGACACCCUCGCCACACAAUUUUCUGCCAGCCUGUUUUACAAAGAUACCCAAGGCCAUCAUGAAAUGGUUGCACAGGAUGGUGAUAAUCAGGGGUUUCGGAGAUGGGCAAACCUGACAGACCGAAGCAAAAAGAUAGAGCUGCUUGGUCAUCUCCAUAGUGAUUUGUUUUUUCAAGAAAAACAGUUGCUGAAUGGCAUGGAUGUGAAAAUUAAGCUGACACGCAGCAAAGAUGCCUUCUGCUUGAUGGGUACUACAGCGGCUGGUCCCUGUAAACUAAAAAUCACAUCUGCCUCACUUUCUAUGAAAAAAGUGAAGGUAGCACCGGGCAUCCAACUGGGCCACAUGGAGGCCUUGCUUAUGGCCAAUGCUAAAUACCCCAUAGACCGCAUGGGUAUGAAAGUGUUUAGCAUUCCUGCUGGCAGCUGCGUUAGCAACCAGGAGAAUCUGUUUCUGGGGCAGUUGCUCAAACUCAUCGUCAUCUGGUUCGUGGAUAACGAUGCCUUUAGCAGGAAUUAUGCUAAGAACCCCUUUAACUUUAAACAUUACAAUAUUAAUUUUGUGGGCCUCUACGUCGAUGGAGAAAAAACCCCAACAAAGCCCCUACAACCAGAUUUUAAGAAUGGUAAGUGCGCGACAAAAUACAUGCAGCUGGUACAGGCAGCUGGUAAACAUACGAAAGACCGGGCCCUGGUAAUCAACCAUGAGGAGUUUGCUCUGGGGUACACCUUAUUUGCCUUUGACCUGUCCCCUGACCAGGAGUGUGCUGAUCAUUAUUCGCUGAUUAAAACUGGGAACCUGAAAGCAGAAAUAGGCUUUGCUGCAGCUUUGCCCACCACGGUUAACAAGAUUGUGUAUGGGGUCUUUGACAAUGUCAUAGAAAUAAAUCAGAGGAGAAAUGUCCUUUUUUGA